GCACAUCGGGCUGGACUCCGGGCAGAGGUACAUCGGGCUGGACUCUGGCAGAGGCACAUCGGGCUGGACUCCGGGCAGAGGCACAUCGGGCUGGACUCCGGGCAGAGGCACAUCGGGCUGGACUCCGGGCAGAGGCACAUCGGGCUGGACUCCGGGCAGAGGCACAUCGGAUUACCAGGCGAAGUAGCAGGUAGCGGGCCACCAGGCGGAGCAGCAGGCACUGGGCCACCAGGCAGAGCAGCCGGCACCGGGCCACCAGGCGGAGCAGCAGGCACCGGGCCACCAGGCGGGGCAGCAGGCACCGGGCCCCCAGGCGGGGCGACAGGCAUCGGGCCCCCAGGCGGGGCGACAGGCAUCGGGCCCCCAGGCGGGGCGACAGGCAUCGGGCCCCCAGGCGGGGCGACAGGCAUCGGGCCCCCAGGAGGGGCGACAGGCAUCGGGCCCCCAGGCGGAGCGGCGGGCGCCGGACCCCCAGGCGGAGUGACAGGUCUCGGGCCCCCAGGCGGAGCGGCAGGUGCUGGACCCCCAGGCGGAGCGACAGGUCUCGGGCCCCCAGGCGGAGCGGCGGGCGCCGGACCCCCAGGCGGAGCGACAGGUCUCGGGCCCCCAGGCGGAGCGGCGGGCGCCGGACCCCCAGGCGGAGCGACAGGUCUCAGGCCCCCAGGCGGAGCGGCGGGCGCCGGACCCCCAUACGGAGCGACAGGUCUUGGGCCCCCAGGCAGAGCGACAGGUCUCAGGCCCCCAGGCGGAGCAACAGGUCUCGGGCCCCCAGGCAGAGCGGCGGGCGCCGGGCCC